CUCUUCCGGCUUCGCAUGGCGCCGUCUCUUCCGGUGCGGGGGGUAAUAUGGGGACAAUACACCUAUUCCGCAAAUCACAGAGGUCUUUGGUUGGAAAAUUAACACAUGAGUUUAGGUUGGUUGCAGCAGACAGAAGGUCCUGGAAGAUCCUGCUUUUUGGUGCUAUAAAUUUAAUAUGUAUUGGCUUCCUGCUAAUGUGGUGCAGCUCUACAAACAGCAUAGCUUUAACUGCUUACACAUAUUUGACAAUCUUUGAUCUUUUCAGUUUGGUAACGUGUCUAGUAAGCUACUGGGUGAUGAUGAAGAAACCCAGCCCAGUCUAUUCAUUUGGGUUUGAGAGAUUUGAAGUUCUGGCUGUUUUUGCUUCUACAGUUCUGGCACAACUUGGUGCUCUUUUUAUACUAAAAGAAAGCGCAGAGCGGUUUCUGGAACAACCUGAGAUACACACGGGGCGGCUGCUGGUUGGUACUUUUGUGGCUCUCUUUUUCAACUUAUUCACAAUGCUUUCCAUUAGGAACAAACCUUUUGCUUAUGUCUCUGAAGCUGCCAGCACCAGUUGGCUUCAGGAGCACGUUGCAGAUCUCAGUAGAAGUAUUUGUGGAAUUAUCCCAGGACUGAGUAGCAUCUUUUUGCCGAGAAUGAACCCUUUUGUCCUGAUUGACAUUGCUGGAGCACUAGCCCUGUGCAUUACAUAUAUGCUGAUUGAAAUUAACAAUUAUUUUGCUGUAGACACAGCGUCUGCUAUAGCAAUUGCUUUGAUGACAUUUGGUACCAUGUAUCCCAUGAGUGUCUACAGUGGUAAAGUACUACUUCAGACAACCCCGCCUCAUGUGAUUGGCCAGUUAGAUAAACUUCUUAGAGAGGUUUCAACUUUGGAUGGUGUCUUGGAAGUUCGAAAUGAGCAUUUCUGGACAUUAGGUUUUGGCACUUUGGCUGGCUCGGUACACGUGCGAAUCCGGAGAGAUGCAAACGAGCAGAUGGUGCUUGCCCAUGUCACCAAUAGGUUAUACACACUGGUCUCCACCUUGACCGUUCAGAUUUUCAAAGAUGACUGGAUCAGACCUACGUUAUCCUCUGUGCCUAUUGCAAACAAUAUGCGGAACCUUUCGGAUCACCACGUUAUUCCAAUGCCGUCUUUGAAAGCGGCCGAUAGCCCGAACCCCGUGACGUCCACCCCAGCCAAGCCGAGCAGUCCGCCGCCAGAGUUUGCUUUUAAUACACCUGGAAAAAAUGUGAACCCUGUUAUCCUUUUAAACACUCAGACAAGGCCCUAUGGAAUGGGGUUAAAUCACGGAGCUGCACCUUAUAGCAGUGUAUUCAAUCAAGGAUUUGGAAUACCAGGAAUGGGAGCGACGCAAGGACUCAGGACUGGUUUUACAAAUAUCCCAGGCAGAUACGGAACAAACACUUAUGGUCAGCCCCGACCAUAAUAAACACCAUUAUUUAUUGUACUGAGGGUAUUGACUUAAUUCUUUUAUUACCCAAUUUUUAUAAACAUUUGGAAUGUCAGAGCAUUCUAAAUGGCUGGGAACAAGUGCAUUGUUCGUAUUCAUGAAAUGGUUCAAUUGCUUUUCUUCUUUUUCUCCUUUGCAUCAGCAGGAGCCUGUGAAAUGGCACAACUAUUUUCGAGACUUACGAUACUUUACAGGUAUUUUUAUAGCGCCUCUGUUCCCAUUCAGCUCCCUGCGCCCCAAGAAAGUAUUGAAAUUCAGCACAACUCCGUGUCGGCCAACUGGUAGCUCUGUGGAGGAGGCGGAGGGCCUGGGGAGUGAAUUGCUUACCGAAUGGGGAUUAGUCGAGAGGAUAGGGAUCUGCAGAAGUACACAUCCCAGUGCUUCAGAAUAUUUUGAUUGUUGUAUAAAUCCAUAUUUUGGCAAAUUAGCAAUGAGUUUUCUGGAUUGCAAAAAUCCGUCAGUAUUUGUAUGAUUGCCAUUGUGAAAACAAACUGGUAUUUCAGAUGCUAAUGAAUUUUAAGGGAGCAUGUUUCUACAUGUUUUUUGUUGAUGCUUUUAUGGGAGUUCACAUGGUUCAGCAACUAUUUUGUAGUUGUAACUGUUCCAUAUUAGUCCCUGCCUUCUUUUUUUAGGUUUAAUAGCAACAUUUUUAGCAAUAUACUGGGAAAUAAAAUAUUUCAAAUAUAAAGUUUUUACAAGCACUUCUUGCUCAUGAUUAAUCCUAUGGAAGAUGCAAGACAGCAGUAUUGUUUGUGAAGCCAGUAUUUAAUUUUGACUGAAAGUAUUUAAUUUGGUUCUGACUUUCCCAUUUGUAUCUUUCCAGCAUUUUUUUUUGGUGGGGGGUGGGAUGGGAAUCUCUGUUUAACUGCCUGGUGUGUAAGCAGAGUUCAGGUUGGUGAUUGCCGAGUUCUCAGCAUCAGUGCCAUGGGGAUUAACUUGUGGGACACGCUGCAUUCAAGACUGCAGAACUUGUCUCUGCCAUUGCGUUGCUGCUCUGUUGUACACCCACGGGGCUUUAUUUUGUGAGGGCUUUUCUAAGAGAGCUCCUUUGUCCGACUGCUUUGUUUUCCUUCAUCGCUCUGGUGGAAGCACCUUUUAGAAAUACUGUGGUUUUGCCUCUCUGACUCUGCAGUAGGAAUCUUUUAAUUCUCUAGGCAGGACCUUGACUGCCUGUUCUGCAUCUGGCCUGUUGGGGAGUGGGUUGCCCAUCCUCAGUGCCUGACUUGCCACUCAGGGUGCUAUAUAUUGACUGCCACCUUGUUGAUUUGCAUACAAAGUAAGUUUCUUCAUCUGUCCAGAACGUAGGGAGAUGCAGUAUCUCAGGGAUUUGCAGCUAUUAAUAUAUUACCUGAAGAGAAUGGAUAUGAUAGAAUUUCUUUUUCCUCUGGUAGACUAGACCUGAGUUGAGAAACAAAGUGGAAUAGCCUUCACGGGAAUCUUCAAGAUCUGCAGCCUCUUCACACUGGUUGGAGUGCUCUGUUUCUCCUGAGAACAUUGCUCUUCUCUUGGUUUCUCCACCACUCGUGUUUUUCACCCUGACACAAGGAGAGGGCCUCCCCCUUGCUGGGGUGCUGCAGGACAGUGUCUCUGUGAGAGGCAGUGCUGAGAAUCACUGGUGCUCAGAAUACGUGAAUUACAGGGAAGGAGUCUAGUUCUGUACCUCAUUUGCAGCAAAAUAACAGAGAGAGAUCUGUGUUGGCAAGUGGGAUGGCCUGGGAAGGGGGCAUUGAAAAUGCUAGUGAACUUGAAGUACUGGAGAGGUCGGCCUGAAAGCAGUAACUCAGUCGUGACC